CGCUGCCGUAAAGCCGACCUUUCCACUGUCGCGAUGCUGCCGUGCGUCGCGAAAUCUAGAGCGCGCGGACCAUGGCGGCUUUGCCGCCCGGAACCAAAGCCCUUGGACUGCCUCUCUGCCGCUUCUUCUCCGGCGGCGGCGGUCGGCUGGCCCGUGAGCGCGGUUCGGAGCGCAGGGAUGCUGCGUCCAGCCGGGUCUCAAGAUUCUGCCCUCCAAGACAGUCUUGCCAUGACUGGAUAGGACCCCCAGAUCAAUACUCAAACCUUCGUCCUGUUCAUUUUCACGUCCCUGAAGACGAGUCCCCCUUGGAACAAAGGCUUAGAGAAUUGAGGCAAGAAACACAAGAAUGGAACCAGCAGUUCUGGGCCAACCAGAAUUUGUCUUUCAAUAAGGAAAAAGAAGAAUUCAUUUACUCAAGACUCCAAGCUAAAGGCUUAGGCCUUCGAACCAAGUCAGGUCAGAGAGCAACGCUGGAUGCGGAGGAGAUGGCUGACUUUUAUAAGGAGUUUCUGAGUAAGAAUUUCCAGAAGCACAUGUGCUAUAACCGUGACGUCUUCAGGAGCUCAUCAGUAAUGAGAGGCCGAUGCUGUCGCCAUGCAUGCUGCUACCUAAGGACCUUGCCAAACCUGUGCGGUGCCAUGGCCUCCCCAUGAUGGACUGAACCCUCUGAAAGCUUGAACCAGAAUAAAUCUUUCCUUGAUGAAGCGGCUUCCGUUUCCUCACAGUCAUGUAAGAGAAGGAAUACGGGAGCAGAGCAGAAGCAAUCGCGUGCUCUUCCUCAGGACAAGGCCCGGCCCUGUGAAGAAGGUUGUCAGCAGGAAGGCAGCGCCAGGUCCUGUGGCUCAGGGGUGUGUGUGAAGGGUGCACACUGUCUCUGGUCUGUACGCCCCUGGGGGUCUGGCCUCCUGAGGUGUCCUGUGGGCCCUGUGGCCGCUCCCGGAUUAAUAGGCCAGAGUUCUAGCGACUGAAAGGUCUGUGUGAGUUUUGUCUCCGUAGCCUGUGGCCCUGUGCUAGUUCAGACCCAGAAGUUCAACUUGAUCCUGCCAAGUGCACUUGAAUAGCGUGAUAUGAACUGACACUUUUUAAAGACAGUGUCUCACUGUGUAGCCCAGGCUGGCCUCUGGUUCACAGAGAUCCCUCCUUUUUCUCCUGACUGCUGGGAUUAAAGGUGUGCACCACCACACCUGGAUUUAUUGGACUUUUUAAGUGUGUGUGUGUGUGUGUGUGUGUGUGUGUGUGUGUGCGCGCGCGCGUGCGCUGGGGAUUGAACCCAGGGUUUUGUACUUCUGGACCAAGUGUUCUGCCAGAUUGACAUACUGGAACCUGGAUUCUUUUGUUUUGUUUUGUUUUUUGUUUUUUGAGGCAGGGUUUCUCUGUGUAGCCUUGGGUGUCCUGAAACUCACUUUGUAGUCCAGGCUGGCCUCAAACUCACAGAGAUCCACCUGCCUCUGCUCCCAUGUGCUGGGGUUAAAGGCAUGUGCCACCAUGCCUGUCCCUGGGCCUGAAUUCUUAAAAUCUAGUAAAUGUUAUGUUAGAUCACAGAUAUGUAAGUAGAUUUGUAAUAAGUUGUAAUUGCAGUUAUUUUGACCAUAAAAUUUGUUUUGUUUUUAUAGCCUCAUUCGAAUAAAAUAUUACUGUAGACAUUCUGGUGUU